CAAGUGGAGUCGGGACUAUAUAAACCAGACUGAGCGUCAGAUCCAGCUUCUGUGCAGAUUAUCAUCGGGAAUCUUUUUUGAAACGGAAGCUUCUUCUUUGUGCUGCACUGAAACUACCAUCAAACAUGAAUAAAGACGACGACAUGAAGGAAGUAGAACUGAACGAGAUGGAUCAGGAAAAACAGCCGAUGACCGGAGAAAGUCCGACAGGCACCGAGAAAAACGGCUGCGUAAAGGUUAUAGUGCCAGAGGAAAACGAGGUCAAAUUUACGGGACUCUCCAAAGAGGAGUUAAUGAAAGUCGCCAACACAGCCGGGAUGGUUCGGACUCGUUGGGUCUUGCUGGUUUUAUUCUGGCUUGGCUGGAUUGGCAUGUUAGCAGGAGCAAUAGUCAUCAUAGUACAGGCCCCACGCUGUAAACCCAUUCCUGAGAUGAACUGGUGGAACAAAGGUUUUCUGUACCAGAUAUCUGACAUUAAUGCCUUUUCUGGAAAUGGACUAAAAGGAGUGGAGGAGAAACUGGACUAUCUGAACCAGAUGAAGGUGAAGGGGCUUGUUUUGGGUCCGAUACACACUGUGCAAGCAGACCAGAAUCUAGCUUCCAUUAGCUCUGAAUUUGGCCCUGAGAAAUUGAUUGAUCAAAUGAUUUCUCUGCUGGAAAGAGCACACAGAAAAGGAAUCUCCAUAGUGCUGGAUCUAACACCCGAUUAUCAGGGAGUUUCAGCCUGGGUCAACAACACUGCUUCUGUUGCUGAGCGACUCAAAGAAACCUGCAUAUACUGGCUGAAGAAGGGGGUGGACGGCAUCUUCAUAUCUCAUCUGAACAACUUCACAAACACAGAAGCCUGGCAAUCUGUUCAAGACACAUUCAACAAAACAGAUGGGACCAAAAAACGAGCUCUGAUGGGAUCAGUCACCGGUCUCUCCGUGGAUGACGUCUCUCAUCUGCUGAACCGGUUGAGUGUUGACCUGCUCUUGACUGGACUGCCUGAUCUGGCAGAGCCCGGUGAAAAACAGGCCAAGGAGAUACAGUUACUCUACUCCAGUCACCUGCAGACGAGUCUGGGCUGGAGUCUGAGUGGACGGACUCGGGGUUCUCUUGCCUCCAGAACUCCAGCAGUGCCUGUAAGGCUCUAUCAAAUGCUGCUGUUCACCCUCCCGGGUACACCUGUGUUCAGCGCUGGAGAUGAGGUCGGACUGAAGGCUGGGGAGAAACCUGAAGAAAUGUGGGAACUUGAAAGUCAUGCAGAAGAUGACAAUGCAACAGCAAAGACUGUACAGGAGGAGCGUAUCGCAGUGCGAGACUUCUUUAAAACACUCAGUGAUCUGAAAGUAAAAGAGCGAUCGCUUCUGCAUGGAGAAUAUGUCAGCCUUUACAAUUCAUCCACUUCAUUAGCAUUUCUCCGCUUUUGGGACCAGAGCGAACGCUUCCUGGUAGCCUUAAACUGGGGAAGUGACUCUGUUACCAUGACCCUGACCAAUAGUGACCUGCCCGCUGAGGCUCGAGUCUGUGCUUCCACAGAUACACAGAAUCUAGCUGUUGGUAGUACAGUGUCAAUAGAGAAAUUAGAGCUUGGGCCAAAACAGGCUGUUCUGUUGUCUUAUGCUUUUCCUGGCUAGCCACACGGACACAGACAGUCCUUUAUGUCUCAGAUGAAUUUCAACACUGUGCACAGGUUUGGAAAGACUAAGCUGUGAAAGAGUUGUUACAGUUUAUGUAUAGGAUAUAUAAGUUGAUCUUCGUACAGAGACAUGUAGAUCUAAAGAUAUAAUAAAAAAUGAAAUGAGUACUAAA